UACAUGUGAAUUGUCCACAAUCUUGUUUGCUCUCCAGCUUCAUUCUCUUCAAUAAGUGAGUAAUGGCUGGGGGAUAAACUCAGUAUUGCUCAAAAGUCAAAGCAUAGAAUGAAGUGUUUCUUAUCACAAAAGCUUCUGUGCUGCUCAUUACGCCGCUGAUAAGAAGACGUACACACAGCUGAGAUCACGACUUAAAUGUAAACAAAUCGCUUUUGUAUUCUCUAAAAAUUCAAUUCAAGCCGUCUUGUGAGUGGAGAAGCUACUAAAUUCAAUCAUUUGAUUAUACAUUUGAAAUUGAUCUAGAGCAGCAAAGUUUUACGAUUAAUAAGGCAAAUUUUGUGAAAAUAUUUCAAACAAAAAUAAAAAAAAUUACAUCCCAUAAUAUUUGUUAUAUAAUUUGCAAAAAAAAAACAGUGGCGAUUUAGCGAUUUAGUUACAAAAAUGUGUCAACUUCACCAAGCAAUCCUCAGCGCGUUCAUCGCUCUGCAAUUUGUUGUCUGGCCCAGCGCCCAGGCGUACACACUGAACCUCACCGAGCAUUGUGACAACCAUCAAAUCUACUAUUGCACACUGUCCAACAUAACUGUCACUCUACAAGAUCCACUGAUCGUACCAAAGACUACAGGACUACAACUCUCGGAACUUAUACUACGCGAUUCGAUAAUACCACGCAUACCGAGAGCACUCCUUGCAGAAGCGCCCACACUACGCUCAUUCACCAUGCAUAAUUGUGAGCUCAAACGACUGACAGUCUUCGAUUACCCCUCCGGCCUGCCGUUGCGUGCUCUAGUGCUGCAAAGGAAUCGCAUCAGCGAUGUGCCCGAGAAAGCUUUCGUGUCACUGUAUGAACUUGAAAAUUUACAACUCGGGCACAAUAUGAUUUUUAUGGUGCACAAGAAUGCAUUUGACGGCUUGGAGAAGCUGCGCUAUCUGGACUUACAACAAAACGAUAUACGCGAGCUGCCCGCUACAUUGUUUGAUGAGCUCAUCAAUUUGGAGCAUAUAGAUUUGAGCUCGAACAAUAUUGAGAAAAUCGAUGCGUUGACAUUUGCGCACAAUGUAAAGCUGCAAACACUGUUGUUGGGCGAUAAUAGAUUCUCCGUCUUCGAGUCGAAUGCUUUGGCUCACUUGCCGCACUUGCAUCUACUCGACAUCAGCAGCAGUGCUAAUGUGGAUGCGUUGCGUUUGCAGUCGGUCGAUACACUUUUGGUGCAGGGUAGCACGUUGCAAAGUAUCCUUAUCGAGGGAUCUGUCAUUAAGGUGCACGCGGGCAACAAUUUACUUAACUCCUUGAAGAUAGACGAUAAACUCAGCGUGCGAGAACUGGAUUUACAUGGCAAUCGUCUGGAGACGCUGGAGUGUGCGAUGGGUCUGUUGAAUUUGCAACGUCUGGAUGUGUCACGCAAUCAGCUGCGCACACUGAGCACCUCCAAUUCACCGCUCUACUUGCCGCUGCCGAAUUUGGUGCAUUUGAAUUUGGCCACGAAUAAGCUACAGAAUCUAACUUUGGAGAAUUUCCUAAUGCUACAGAAACUAACACAUCUCGAUUUGGCUUUCAACAAUUUGCUCAGUCUGGAUCAACGCGUCUUUGAAGCGUUGGUUAACCUGGAGAAACUCUAUAUCGAAGGUAAUCGCUUGCAUGCCUUCGGCUAUGAGAAAUUUGUCGCCGCACAUGAAUAUCUCAAGGAAUUCGGCAUGUUUGAGAAUGAGUGGGAAUACCGUUAUAUGCGCAAAAUGUACUCAUAUCUGCAAGAGCGUAAUAUUCAACUGCCAGUGCGUUUCGCUUCCAACAAUGGCAUUACCCUCGACACGACAUUGAACUCCAACUCGCCGUCGUCGCCCGAUAAAGCUGCAACACAUCAUCGUUAUGCAUCCACAGCCAGCUCAGUAAGUGAUUUUGUUGCUUCGAGUGACGGUCCAGCAGCGGCAAUGACUGAUAUCAGUGGCAUUCAUCCCUACUUCACGACGCGAGAUGUACUCACUUUGGUCAUUUUGUUGUUGGUGUUUCUGAUAUUGCUACUACAAUUGUUCAGUUUCCUGAAGGAGGAGGAGUGUCUACCAAAUUGUUGCAAUCGGAUAGCACGAAACGCUGGCGCAAACAAUCGUCGUCGGCUGCAGGAAGAUGAGGAGGACUCGGAGGUAUAAACUAGAAAAUGUUUGCUGUUUGUUGAGCGCCUGUGAAAAUUAGAGAAAUGUUAUGUAAAAUCAAUAGUUUGUGGUGAAUAAAUGAAAUGA